AUGGAUCAAAAUAUCGUCAAUUAUAUAAAUAAUGAUGAUAAUAACGGUGAACAAAUUCAUCGAGUACAAGUCGGCAUUCAACAAUAUCAGAAAUUAAAUGUUGAGCAAAAAGAAGUAGUUGAUAAAAUUCUACAAGCAUCACGUUCAGACAAUUAUACUGAUUCCACUUGCUUUUACAUAGAUGGACAAGGAGGGUCUGGAAAAAUUUUUAUUUAUACUACCAUUUACAAUGUUUUAAUGUCAGAAAAUAUCAAUUGUUCAACAAUGGCAUAUACGGGAAUUGCCGCAACGUUGCUACCUAAUGGGAAGACAGUACAUAAAACUUUUGGUUUACCAGUUCCUAUAUUCAAUGACUCAUCCUCAAGUAUUGAAGUGCAAUCUAAAGAAGGAGUACAUUUGAAGAAUACUAAAGUAUUUAUUUGGGAUGAGGCACCAAUGGCUCCAAGAUAUGCUUUAGAAAUCAUAAGUAGAACAUUGCAAUAUAUUAUGAAGAAUGAUCUACCAUUUGGUGGGAAAAUAAUGGUUUUAGGAGGUGAUUUUAGGCAACUUCUUCCUAUUAAAAUUAACGGAAUGUGUAUUGAAAUAUUAAACUUAUCUCUAAAAAAUAGUCACUUAUGGUCUCAUUUUACAAUACAUCAUUUAAAAACAAAUAUGAGAGUCUUACCACAAGAAAUAGAGUUUGCUAAAUAUUUGUUGGAUGUAGGAAACGAAACAUUAAAUGACCAGAAUGAUAAUUUACAGCUUCCAGAACACUACAUAUUACCUUCGAAUCACUGCAUUGUUCAAAAUGUUUUUGACAAUUUAAUCAAAGACAAAAAUUUUAGUGAAAUUAGUCAAUGUGCUAUUCUAUCUGCCAGAAAUGUGGAUGUAGAUGAAAUGAAUAAUAAAAUUACUAAUUUAUUAGAUAUAAAUACUGAACGCAUCUACACCGGUAUUGAUACCACAGAAAAUUGUGAUAAUGGUGAACUAGAAGAGGUUCUGUUACCAGAAUAUCUUAAUUCACUAAAUCCACCAAACUUUCCUCCUCAUAAACUACGUUUACGACAAUUUUGCAUGGUAAUAUUAGUUAGAAAUAUAAGUAUCAGUGAAGGUUUGUGCAAUGGAACACGGUUACAGAUUCUUGAUUUUUCAAAUCAUUUAUUAAAAUGUAAGAUAUUAACGGGAGAUAACAAGCGCAAUAACAUAAUAUAUCUUAAUCGAAUCACUUUAUAUUGUGAAAAUCAAUAUCCUUUUACUUUUAAAAGACGUCAAUUUCCGAUUAUAUUAGCUUUUGCUAUAACUAUCAAUAAAGCUCAAGGACAAACUUUAGGAAAAGUUGAUAUUGAUCUUCGACGAGAUGUUUUUAAUCACGGUCAACUUUAUGUUGCUAUGUCUAGAGUGAGAUCAUGGGAUUCGUUAAAAAUAUAUUUAGGAAACCAAAGAGACACGUCAAUUGAUAAAAAUUAUGUUUACACAGAACUAUAUCAAUAA